AUGGAUGCCAUCCAAGCCGUGAAGGACUUUGAGCGCCAGGCUCGCAGCAAGGAGCAACAGCUCGAGCAGCGCAUUCGAGAAAUCGAGGGCUGCCACCAGGAUUACGUGCGGCUAAAGGAGCGCCUGAGUCUGUUUGGACACGUCGACCACACUCAACUCGCGCGUCUCAACGAGGAGGGCGAGGUCUUGGAGCGUCGCGUGAACGAAGUCGUCCGACGUGAAGAAGAGCUGCGCGCCAAGUUGGACAACCCCGAUCAGCUGAAUCAUUCAAGGCAC